AUGAGGAAUGCUUCGACAUCUGGUGUAGAUACAAUUAGCAAUUUGCCUUGUAAUGUUCUCGAUGUUAUUCUUGGGUGCUUGCCUUGGAAAGAUGCAGUGAAGACCAGUAUCUUGUCAAAAGACUGGAGGUACAAAUGGGUAACACGUCAAGAACUUGAUUUUAAUGAUGAGUUUUUCAAGUCUUUCAAACAAGAUGAAGAAGCCAAGAGAAUCAUUUACCAAGUCCUAUUAGUCCAUAAAGGACCAAUACUGAAGUUUAGACUCUGUAGGAUUACGAGUUGUACUGAUAUUGAUCAUUGGAUGCACUUCUUAUCGAAGAAAAAUGUUCAGGAAUUCACCCUUCAUGUAAGCUUAGGAAACAAAUAUCAUUCACCUCAUCAUCCUUUUACAUUCCAGCAACUAAGGUUUUUGGAACUUCAAGAUUGCUUGUUCCACCCUCCACUCGGUUUCAAAGGGUUUGAGAAGCUUAUUAAUCUCGAUCUUGUGUGUGUCACUUUUGAUCCAUCAAUAUUUACUUAUCUCAUCUCUAAAAGCCCGUUGCUUGAAUGA